AUGGCUGCGUACCAGGCGCUGCGUCGUGGCGGUCCUAGGCGCUUUGACGAGUAUUUCCGCUGCUAUCCUAUUGCCAUGCUGCCUGGCCCGGACCGCGCGGAUGCGAACCACGGCGGCAAAGUGUUUCUACCACCCAGCGCUCUCGACAAGCUCACACGACUACACAUUACAUACCCUAUGCUCUUCGAGCUAAUCAACGGUGCGCAAGACGGAAAGAAGACACAUGCCGGUGUGCUGGAGUUCAUUGCGGAGGAAGGCAAGAUCUACCUGCCGUACUGGAUAAUGCAGACACUCCUGCUUGAACCUGGCGAUCUACUACAAGUCAAGUCCACUGACAUCCCCCUCGGAACCUUCAUCAAGCUGCAGCCGCAAGAUUCGUCCUUUCUCGAGAUCUCAGACCCCAAAGCGGUCCUUGAGAACGCCUUCCGGAACUUCGCAUGUCUGACCAAGGGCGACAUAUUCACGUUCGGCUACAACGACAGUGUGUACAGUGUUGCCGUACUCGAAGCUAAACCAGAACACCCUAGCCAGGCGGUAUGCACCAUAGAAACGGACUUGUCUGUCGACUUCGCACCGCCCGUGGGCUACAAGGAGCCUGAGAGGACGAGUGGGACCAGCACGCCGCGAAGUGUUAUGGCUGGCAAGGGUGGAACACUGCACUCUCAGGGCACCAUGGCACAGGCCAUCAACUACGCCGCGAUUGCGCCCUCAGCAUCAACUGCCGCUGCCGGCGCGAAGGCUGUAUCCUCCAACUUCCUCACUGGUGGUCACAAGCUGUCCAAGAAGGGUAGCAAGGCACCGACACCACAAGCUUCCACACCCAUUGCCGGACAGUCCACGAACCCACCACCAACAGUACGACGCACAAACGGCCCGCAGCCGCUGCGACUGGCCCCCGGCAAGCUCUUCUUCGGCUACGAGAUUAAGCCCGUCAAGAACAAGGAAGGAGCAGACGAGGGCGAGCAGAAGCAGUCGAAGCACUUCGAUGGCGCGGGAAACACGCUGCGGAAGAAGAAGGGCGACAAAUAG